UGUUUUCGUUUUUGUUGUCAAACUAAAUGCUGUUGAUUAAAAGCCGUUGAAUCAAUUAUUUUAAAAUAUUGGAUGGAGAUUUGUACAAAUUGUAAUAACAUACUUUUGAAUAAUAGUUUGUAAGACUGGUUUCGAUAAAAUUUAAAAAAAUAUAACGUGUUGUAUAAACCAUAAAGUAUAAUAUUUCUUUAUAACAUUUUUUAAAACAGAAAUUCUCUUUACUUGCAAAUCUGGAUGUUAAAUUGGAAAACAUGAUUGCUGCCUCAGAUCCACAGGAGUUCGUGCCCCGUGGUCGGCAGCAGAUCGCUCGCCAUCCAGGGCCUCUGGAGCCUAUUUUCUUCGACAAAGGGUGUAAUGAUUACUACUUAGAAACUGGGCUGGAAAAAGUUUCUUUAUCUGAAGACUGCUCAGACGAAUUUUGGAUAUUGAGAAAGGCGCCAAAAGAUUUUAAUAAAAGCAACAAAGAAGAUUCUUCUCAAAAAUGUAACAACUUUAGCAAAACUCAUCAAGAGAUCUCUAUGAGCAAAAGUCAUACAACAGAUUGCGGUGAUUUUUUUGAAGAUUCUGAUAGUUUUAAGGUGUCAUCGAACUGUAGUAUUCAUCAGAAAGUAUUGGGUAAAAGACCAUCAGAUGCUAGUAUUCGAUUUCCCAACAAGAGACUCUCUUGCGAAAUCGCCGAUAAGAAAAAUGAAAGGAGAAAUAGCGGUGAUUUAAACAAGUCUCACGUGCCUCUGUUCAAUAAGACAGAACCUUCAACCAUUAAGUCAAAAAUAAGUCCCGGUUUUAUGGAAGAUGAAUUGUAUAUUAAGGGAUGUACUGCUGUUUGGUCCAGAGGGCUAAUCAACAAUGAUGAUUUUUGUGAUAAUGGUAGAAAGGUUAUCACUUGCUACACUGUACCUGCUCCAAUAAGGCAGGCUCUUUGGUCCACUUUCUACUGCCUGAGACCCACAUUUGAGCCGAAUGAGGCAGAAAUAUAUUCGAAAAAUUAUGAGCCAUUAGGUGUUCCAACUCCCGCUAUUUGUUUGGUAGAUUCUCAUAAUAUAAGGGUCUUCAUAAUCAAAGGAGAACAAUAUGUUAUUCCAGUACAUUUUCAAAUCCGAAAGGUUUGGAAUACGAAAUUCGGAAUUCUAAUAGAAAAAAGUGGGGAAACCCAACUAGAUAAAUUGACUGAAGAAAAAUCCGGUACUCUCUUUUCCCUAAGCUACCCAUUAGAUGAUAUAUGCCCAGUAGCAGUAAGUCACAAUUCGACUUUUACUCGGCUAUGUAGUACAAACAAUGUAGUUGUGUUUACCAGCAAUAGUCCCAGUUUGUGCAUGGUUUUUAAUACAAAUACUAAAGAGCAUAGCGUUUAUAUUAUAAGGAAAGUUAGAUGCGAUGAAAAGGAUUAUGGAGAAAGCUCUUUUGAGGGGAACAGUAUUGCACAUAGUUCAAGUAAGCUUAAAAGUCGUUUGUCCAUGUGGGACAACUUGAUGACAAGCGGGCAACUUGCAACUCCGCGUCCGAUUACCGCAAAAGGACAAAACCCAGUGGACAAGCAAUUAAAUCCUUGCAAAUCUAGAUCUUUUAGUUCUAUGGCAUCCAUAAGUCGCUGUCAGUCACCAGCAACUACAGACAGCCCAUGGAUUUCGCGCUCACUGAAGAAAGAUACUUUAGGAAAAAAUAUUGCAUCAGAAAAAGCAAGCAUGGCAAAUUCAUUUUUUAAUUGUUCUAAAACGAUGUCUCAUCUGAUGACUAACCCGAAAAUUUGUUUGGAGUAUGUCUGGACUGAUACGUCUUCUGUGCAAGAUACCGUGACUGGUUGUCCGGCGACGUCAGUUUUUUUAUCAGAAGAUCUAAUCGGACAGUGGUAUCUUUGCUAUGUUUUACCAUCAAAGUUUCAGCUGUCAGUUGUUAAAGUGGACUUUUCGGGACCUUCUAUUGCAUUUGGAAUGUUGAAUAGUAUUAGUGCAAAGGACGCCAUUAAUAUACCCCACUUGCAUAUGAUGGCCAUUCUAGAACAUAGUGGAAAUGUUACUCUUUAUUCUGGGUUGACUAUGGUAGGUAAACUUCACAUUGGAGGCACCUUGUUACAACAUACUCCUUCUCCCUAUGUUAGGAGGCAUAUUCCUUCACCCUUUCCAAGGCGAAGUAGUUUGCUACCACUUUCAAAACAAUCUGAACCCAGAUUUGACGAGCACCUAUUUUCGCCAGUGUUGCCAGCUACUGAGCAAAAACGAGUAAUUUUACCGUCAGUUAAUCGAAGCCAUGGAUCUGCGCGAUACAAUUAUCACAGUAAAAUAACCCAAAAAUCAGUUCUUAUAGGUUUAAUGGACUCUCUUGAAAACCGUUUAACUCUUAAAUAUUCGGACGGUACAUUUUAUCGAAUAACGUUGCCUCUUAUUACGCAUUCUUCUUUGGUAAAGCAUUGCCUAAUAGCUCUUAGGCAAUGUCUUCCAAAAGAUGCCGCCAUAGUGCUAGCUUGUAGGUGGUACUCGACUAGAAAUGUUCCCGGUACCGAAGAUAUUGAUAACCGACAAGAAUGGGAAAUGUUUACUGGACUGUUAUUUGAACUGUUCGGUUACGAAGACGACCAUUUAUUGGAUAAAGCGGAGACUCCUGCAGAGAAGAAGCAAAAAACUUCUCUUUUAAGUACAGACGAAGACUGGUUAACGUUAUCAAACAAGCUUCAUAAAAAAGUUAGCGAUCCUUUAUCGCUUCUUUUGCAAAUUCCCUUUUCUUUAAAUCAGCUUCCUGGAAAUAAACAAGAAACCAGUUCGAACAUUUCAGUUAAUCCUAAAGGAAUACUUUUUCCUUUCAUUCGUUACGUGCAGUUCACUUUACACUUGCUUUAUGAAGACUUUAAGCUUAAUACGUUACACACAGAAUGUUUACUUUCGCUGGCGAGACUGCUUAAUAAGUUGGCAAACGACCUCGGUCUAAAAGAAUACUCACUGCAUUAUUGGAAAGAUUUUCCCAAGGAUAUUACGAUAGGAGGUCCAAAAAUUGAUGAAAGUCUAUUUAAGUUCAUCAAUAUUUGCCGGGAGUUAAAUGACAGGCCUGUCAGCGUCAUGGACCAUGUGUUUAAAUUACUAAGGAAUGACAUUGUGACGCCUUAUCCGUAUUUUGCAAAUGUUAAUGUAAGAUCUAGAGAUAUCGUGCAGUUAUGUGGAGUGCUUUCACACGCCAACAAAGGAAUUCCGUCCGAAAUUAUGUUAAAUAGUUUUAUCUUACAAGAACCAACGCAGGCUGUGCAUCAGAGAAGUGUAUUGAUUAAUAACAGCCAUAGUGCCACGAUUGAACAAGUUGUUUUGCUAAUGGUUGAAAUGAAGAUUGAUACUAGAUACAUAGAGACUUUACCCAUUGGACUUUAUUUUUUACUUUAUAAUGCCUUAUGGAAGUGCAGAGAGAAUCCUCCAACUGAUUGGCCUUUAGAAGCUUAUCAUCUACUUUGGAGGGACGAUUUAGUGGCUCAAGCACAAAAAAUUGAAAUGGAAAAGGAUAAACUUUUCCAGGAAAAGAUGAAUAUUUGUUUUCAGUUGCAAGAAACUAUGCCAAGUACAAAACAGGAAAUUGCCGAUUUAGAUGGAAUGGAAGAUAUUGAUUGUAGUUUAACGAAGAUGAGAUUUAGCGAAGACACAAGAGUAAUGGAAGCCAGAAAAAUGCUAGCAAGCUCAAAACCCGUUAUGAUAACUCUCACGCAAAAACCAGAAGUAUCUGACCACGACUUCAUUGAGGAACAAGAAAAGCACCUGUAUGGAAUCUGUAUAAGAACUAUGGCACUUCCUGUUGGAAGGGGUAUGAUCACUCUCCGUACAGCUACUCCGAUAAUAACCGAGCCUCUGGCAGCACCCUCGCUAUGUUUAACUGGUAAAGCACCACCUAGAGGCAAUACAAUAGAAUUAAAUCACAUAGACACUCCAGCUAACAUGAAUUUAUGGCCUUUGUUUCACAAUGGUGUGGCUAAUGGCCUAAGAAUAACCCCUGAUGCGCAAAAUAUUGAUAAUACGUGGAUUAUAUUUAACAAACCAAAAGGUGGUGCAGAACAAACUAUGGAACACGCCGGAUUUUUAAUGGCACUAGGCUUAAACGGACAUCUUCGUAAUUUGGCUGUUAUAAAUACUUUCAGUUAUAUUGGAAAAUCGAGACACGAGAUGACUAGUGUUGGUAUAUUAUUAGGUAUGGCAGCUGCCUGGAGAGAAACCUGCGAUCAUAGUUUAACGAAAAUUCUAGCCAUUCAUGUAGAAGCUUUACUUCCUCCCACUUCGAUGGAACUAGAUGUUUCGCAAAAUCUACAAGUCGCCGGGCUGUUAGGUAUUGGACUACUCUAUCAAAAAAGUGCGCAUAGGCACAUAACUGAGGUUCUAUUAUCAGAAAUAGGCCGACCUCCUGGUCCAGAAAUGGAAAACAGUGUUGAUAGAGAAUCGUAUUCCUUAUCGGCUGGUUUAGCUUUAGGGCUAGUUAUGCUCAAACAUGGUGAUCAACCGAGUGGAAUGUCAGAUUUAAGGGUACCUGAUACUCUUUAUUACUACAUGGUGGGAGGAACAAAACGGCCUUUGACUGGUGCUCAAAAAGACAAAUACAAAACUGCAUCGUUCCAAAUCCGUGAAGGAUCUUCUGUCAAUCUUGACGUGACUGCGCCUGGAGCCACACUAGCAUUGGGAUUAAUGUACCUGGGUACCGGCAAUAAGGCUGUUGCCGACUGGAUGGCAGCCCCGCAUACGCAGUACCUACUGGACUUCGUUAGACCAGACUUUUUGAUGUUGAGAUCAUUAAGUAGAGCACUUAUCCUGUGGGACAGCAUCGAACCCACUAGGGACUGGGUGGUAGGAGAAGUCCCGGCAACUAUAAGACCGUAUUGUAUGGUCACGCCUUCAAACGAUGCAGAUAUUGAUUACGAAGCUAUGAAUCAAGCUUAUUGCAACAUAGUAGCCGGAGCGUGCUUCGCAUUGGGCCUUAAAUUCGCCGGAUCUGCAGAUCAGGAUGCAUGCGAAACCUUGCUCUACUUCUGUCACAUGUUUACUUCUCUAACUAAUAAAUCUAUAGCCGACUUGGCAGGAAAAGCCACUAUAGAAACUUGUUUAAAUGUUCUUCUACUAAGUGCAUCCAUGGUAAUGGCAGGCACUGGUAACUUAGAAGUUAUGAGAUUAGUGCGCCAUCUCAGAAGACGCGUUGGAGUUUCAAAUAGUGCAAUUGUUACGUAUGGCUCUCAUUUAGCCAUACAUAUGGCUUUGGGAUUGCUCUUCUUGGGUGGAGGACGAUAUACAUUAAGCAAUUCACCAGCUAGCGUAGCUGCCCUUAUUUGUGCAUUUUAUCCUAAAUUUCCUACUCACAGUAAUGAUAAUAGAUAUCACCUACAAGCCUUUAGACAUUUGUACGUUUUGGCUGUGGAACCGAGAUUAGUGAUUCCAAAGGAUGUUCUCUACGACGAUAUUUGUUAUGCUAAGCUCAGAGUUGUAAAAUUAUCUGGAGAUGAAAUAACAAUAAAAGCGCCUGGUCUUAUUCCUGACGUCAAUUCGUUAGCAAGAGUGAUGGUAGACGAUGAAAGGUACUGGCCGGUCGUAUUCGAGAGAGGAAGAAAUUGGGAUUUAUUAACAAAAAUACUGUCAACUACGGGUUAUAUAGAAGUAAAACAGCGAGCUGGCUGCCUCAGCUACUUAUCGGACAAAUUUGGCUAUCACAGCGAACUAGCACGUACAUUGACCCAUUCUAAGGUAGUUCCAUGGGAUCCACCGUUUAGUUCUAUAGUAAAUUUUACCUCUGAAGAAUCUAUUAAAAAAUUUUGUGAAUGUGUCCUGAACUUAGAUAAAAGUAAGGCCAGUAUUACGGAGCAAAGGGUUGUACAGUUGCUAACCAGAACUACUUAUGAUGCUGUUGUUAAGGAUAAGUUAAUGGUUAUUGUUGUUAUGAUUGCAUUGGUAAAGCUAAUUAUAAACUUGGAAAGUCAGCCGAAUUCAAUUGGACUAUGGCAACUAAAAAUUAUAAUGGAACAAGUAUUUACAAGAUCUUCUAGUCCCAACUUAAUAGUCAAAGAAACUAUUCAAGCAUUACAACAAGAAGUUGUAAGCAUUUUAGAAUCCCAUGAAGACAAGUUGAAACAUAAUUUAAAAAAAUACAUUAAAGGUGAAGAAUUUGAUACAUCAGUUGAUAUUCUAGCUUCAUAUAUAACGUUUUUUGACAUUCCAAACAAUAUGUUUAUUCCCGCGGAAAAAGGGGAUUUUUUCGAAAGAACAGCCAACUUAAAACCUAACUUUUCAAGUAUUGCUGCCUUUUCUAAGGUGGUAAAAACAUUCGAAGCUCUGUAACUUUCUUUUUACAAUAAAUAUUUAAAGAUUUUUAUUGUUUAAAAAUGUGAUUUAGAAAAACCUAUUUUGUAAAUAAUUGAAUUUACGUAUUUAAGAAAUAAAUGCUUCUUAUUAUU